GCCUUGGCCAGAGUCCGGAGCAGCCGCCGCCCGAGCGUGCCGAACAGUUCGCUGCCCGCGCCGGCUCCCAUCCCGGCCCGACCCCUACUCAGCCCGGCCAGGCUCCACACGCAGGUGCGGACAAUCGCGGCAGGCCUGGGUGGGGCCCUAUUGUCUGCGCCCGGCUUGCCCAACUGUGGGGGCCAAGCGCACAUUUUCCCAGCGACGCGGGCCCCACCUGCCGAGCAGGUGAGCACACGGAGUGCACAGGCCCUGUCCUCCAGCUCCCGGAGCCUCAUUGGCACUGUACCUGCGGCGCCUCCCUCCACUCAGCAGCCACCAUGGAGGUGAUGAACCUGAUCGAACAGCCCAUCAAGGUGACAGAGUGGCAGCAGACGUAUACCUAUGACUCGGGCAUUCACUCGGGCGCCAACACCGGCGUGCCCUCCGUCAGCAGCAAGGGCAUCAUGGAGGAGGAGGACGCCUGCGGGCGCCAGUACACACUCAAGAAGACCACUACCUACACCCAGGGGGUACCUCAGAGCCAAGGUGACCUUGAGUACCAGAUGUCCACAACGGCCAGAGCCAAGCGAGUGCGGGAAGCCAUGUGUCCCGGCAUGACAGGGGAGGACAGCUCGCUGCUGCUGGCCACCCAGGUGGAGGGGCAGACCACCAACCUGCAGCGGUUGGCCGAGCCGUCCCAGCUGCUCAAGUCGGCCAUUGUACAUCUCAUCAACUACCAGGACGACGCUGAACUGGCCACCCGGGCCCUGCCUGAGCUCACCAAACUGCUGAACGAUGAGGACCCGGUGGUGGUGACUAAGGCGGCCAUGAUUGUGAAUCAGCUGUCGAAGAAGGAGGCAUCGAGGCGGGCGCUGAUGAGCUCGCCCCAGCUGGUGGCAGCUGUCGUGCGUACCAUGCAGAACACCAGCGACCUGGACACGGCCCGCUGCACCACCAGCAUCCUCCACAACCUCUCCCACCACCGCGAGGGGCUGCUCGCCAUCUUUAAGUCGGGUGGCAUCCCCGCCCUGGUUCGCAUGCUCAGCUCCCCUGUGGAGUCGGUCCUGUUCUACGCCAUCACCACGCUGCACAACCUGCUGCUGUACCAGGAGGGCGCCAAGAUGGCAGUGCGCCUGGCAGACGGGCUGCAGAAGAUGGUGCCCCUGCUCAACAAGAACAACCCCAAGUUCCUGGCCAUCACCACCGACUGCCUGCAGCUGCUGGCCUACGGCAACCAGGAGAGCAAGCUCAUCAUCUUGGCCAACGGAGGACCUCAGGCCCUGGUGCAGAUCAUGCGCAACUACAGUUACGAGAAGCUGCUCUGGACCACCAGCCGCGUGCUCAAGGUGCUGUCGGUGUGUCCCAACAAUAAGCCCGCCAUCGUGGAGGCUGGUGGGAUGCAGGCUCUGGGCAAGCAUCUGACGAGCAACAGCCCCCGCCUCGUGCAGAACUGCCUCUGGACCCUGCGCAAUCUCUCAGAUGUGGCCACCAAGCAGGAGGGACUGGAGAGCGUGCUGAAGAUCCUGGUGAACCAGCUGAGUGUAGACGACGUCAACGUCCUCACCUGUGCCACGGGCACUCUGUCCAACCUGACAUGCAACAAUAGCAAGAACAAGACACUGGUGACGCAGAACAGCGGCGUGGAGGCUCUCAUCCAUGCCAUCCUGCGUGCUGGCGACAAGGAUGACAUCACGGAGCCUGCUGUCUGCGCCCUACGCCACCUCACCAGCCGCCACCCCGAGGCCGAGAUGGCCCAGAACUCUGUGCGCCUCAACUAUGGCAUCCCGGCUAUUGUCAAGCUGCUCAACCAGCCCAACCAGUGGCCACUGGUCAAGGCAACCAUUGGCCUGAUCAGGAAUCUGGCCCUGUGCCCAGCCAACCAUGCCCCACUGCAGGAGGCAGCCGUCAUUCCCCGCCUCGUCCAGCUGCUGGUCAAGGCCCACCAGGAUGCCCAGCGCCACGUGGCUGCAGGCACACAGCAGCCAUACACGGAUGGUGUGAGGAUGGAGGAGAUUGUGGAGGGCUGCACUGGAGCCCUGCACAUCCUCGCCCGGGACCCCAUGAACCGCAUGGAGAUCUUCCGACUCAACACCAUUCCCCUGUUCGUGCAGCUCCUGUACUCCUCGGUGGAGAACAUCCAGCGCGUGGCCGCUGGGGUCCUGUGCGAGCUGGCCCAGGACAAGGAGGCGGCCGACGCCAUUGAUGCUGAAGGGGCCUCGGCCCCGCUCAUGGAGCUGCUGCACUCCCGCAAUGAGGGCACCGCCACCUAUGCGGCGGCCGUCUUGUUCCGCAUCUCCGAGGACAAGAACCCGGAUUACCGGAAGCGCGUGUCGGUGGAGCUCACCAACUCCCUCUUCAAGCACGACCCGGCGGCCUGGGAGGCUGCCCAGAGCAUGAUCCCCAUCAACGAACCCUAUGGAGAUGACAUGGAUGCCACCUACCGCCCCAUGUACUCGAGUGACGUGCCCCUGGACGCCCUGGAGAUGCACAUGGACAUGGACGGGGACUACCCCAUCGACACCUACAGCGAAGGCCUCCGGCCCCCCUACCCCACUGCGGACCACAUGCUGGCCUAGCUGGCUCGACCCCAGUGCGGCUCCUCAUCUGAGAGGCUUGUGCAGACGAUGGGGCAAGACAGAAAAGUGCCUGAGCCUGGGGGACCAGGGCCACGACUUCCUGCCGAACCCCGUGCCUCCAUCGGGUCUGUCUUGGGAUGGUGAUCUGCUCCUGCUUUUCUGUUCUGGGCUGUGGGUCAAUGGCCCAAUACCCCUCCCCCACCCUGUGGCCCCGGCACUAAAGCUUUAGACUCUGUUCCCCCAGUGGUCCCCCCUCCCCUGCCCUGGCUGCCCGUCUCCAGCCGCCUGGGCCUCAUGGGGCUUUGGUUCCUUCUCUGGGUUUCAUUUUCUCAUUGAACUCCACCUGACCAACUGUCCUGAGCCUCCGGGGUCUCCAGGACCCAGGUUCAAGGCCCAAAGCCCCAGAAUCCACAGCUCCUCUUGAAAAGUUCAGGGAGAUGGGACAGAUGUGGAGAGUGAGUCCCCCGCUCCAGGGCCCUGCCUGCUUCUCUCCCCAGGAUGCUCAGUUGGCUUUGUUCCCCUCCCUGGGGGAACUCGGGACAGCUUCCUCACACCCCUGUCCCACCCUCACAACUGCCCUAGCUGACCCCAGAAGUGCUCUUGGCUGACCCCUCUGGUGUGCGGUGAGGGGCUUUCUCUUCCCCUUCCCGUUUCAGCCCACCCCCCACCUCCUGUACAUGGGUGCCGGGGCUAGGGGUGGUCCCUGGGGAGAUUUUUAUUAUUAUCGCUUUAUGUUUUUGGUUAUUGGUUUUUUGUAUAGACCAAAGCAAUGAAAAUAAAACACACACAGAUCCA